CCUAGCCCAGGUUGUAGUGGUGCUUUCGCAGGCGAUUCUGGCCGAACAAUUGCCCCUAUCACUGCAGGAAACGAUGCUUCUGUUCGCCUCGAUGCAUUGGCCAGCGGGCUUCCUCUGCACUCAAUUUCACCACCACCUACCCCAGUAGUCGCUCGCCCCUCCGCCAGGACUAGCGGUAGCAGCAAAGAAGCCCGACAACAGCGUUCGGUAUUCGGAAAAUCUGUCGGCGGCAUCAGCACGGCUUCCUCACUGUCAAGUCCAUCGACGUCAGUACCUGGGAGCCUUUGUACUUCACCAGCGGGAGAAAUCUGCUCUCUGGGUCUUAGCGUAGAUGAGAUCGCUGCUGGUUUGGUGUCUAAACUGACACCCGCCAAUGUUGCCGAUUUAGUACUUCUCAGCAUGGUCGUUCUACCAGAUAAGAUGCCCUCGGCCUUUCAAGCCACGUACACACCGAUUGCCGCGGCCGGGACUCAGGCCCAGAUCCGACAUCUGGCUCGCUUGCUUGCCGCCCAAUUGGCAUUUUGGGUGAGUGCCGGGCAGUCACGCACACAGUCUAGACCGGAGCCGAAUUCCACGAGCGCUGCUAUGAUAGCCAGUGAACGUGAAGAGGCUGGCACAAUGCUACGCCAGCUUGUACUGGGCCCAGCUGGGCCGGGUGGCCCUGUUACUGCCGGCGAUAGGCGCAGGAAGAAAAUGGCCACUGCUUCUAUCUCUGGCGGUGGAGCCGGAGCCGGAACCGCAGCCACGGGAGCCGGGGAAUUGGGAGCAACUGGAGAUGUGAUCACAUCCAGAAAGAGGGUUUUGGUAGUAGAUGAUCGUUAUUGUUGA